GACUAGAAUAGCCCUGUGAUUUCAUGAAUGAGGGACCUGCAGGGUGAGAGACUUCUUUUCUGAGUCAACUCCUGAUCUAUAUAACACACUUGACCUUGCUCUGAAUAAAAAAAGACUGAUGACUCUGACGUGGGAUAUUUUAAAAAAGACAUUCACUUACAAUUAAAACGAUUUUGUAAGGCUACCCCUUUGCUUGGAAAUCACUGCUACAGUGAAGAGAGUGAGUAUGAGAGGGACAGCAGCAGCAGCAACAGCAAGUGUCAUCUGGUCUUCCAACUUGGGGAGGGCUUUGGAGUUUAAAAUGGUGUGAAUAUGAUAGCCAUCGAUAUAGCUUAUGCAAGUGGAGAUCUGUCUGCACUAUUGGAAGUUGACAGUUCAGAGGCACUAAUCUGACAAAAAGGACUGUAUAAAUCAACAACAGCACAACGAUUUCGGAUAUCAACAAACAAAACUGUUGGGGAGAAAAAAAAGGGGACAUUGUCUCUGGCGGCUGCAUGAGAAAGCGAGUUGGGAGGACGCAAAGGCAAAAGGGCAAGAGGAAGCCACCAAGGAGGUGAGUGACGGAUUUACCCUCGGAGGGGUAAAACAUGACUGUGGUGUCCCAGGAGAACCACGACGACACUGUAGUCGUAUCUCCUUUGUUGCAAGAUGCUGCUGGCUUGGAACCCGCGGACCAGGAGUGCAGCGAGAGGGUGGUCAUCAACAUCUCAGGUCUGCGCUUUGAGACGCAGUUAAAGACCCUCUCCCGCUUCCCGAGAACGCUUUUGGGAGAUCCGCGUAAACGGAUGCGUUUCUUUGACCCACUGAGAAAUGAGUACUUCUUUGACAGGAACAGGCCGAGCUUUGAUGCCGUGCUCUAUUAUUACCAGUCAGGAGGACGUCUUCGGAGGCCAGUGAGUGUACCUGUGGAUAUUUUUCUGGAAGAAUUAAAGUUUUAUGAAUUCGAUGAAGAAGUCAUAGAAGUUCUCCGAGAAGAUGAGGGCUUAUUGAGGGAAGAGGACCGCCCGCUGCCGAACAACGUGUAUCUACGCCAGCUAUGGCUCCUGUUUGAGUAUCCAGAGAGUUCAGGACCUGCUCGGAUAAAUGCCAUUGUGUCAGUUAUGGUUAUUUUAAUAUCCAUAAUUAUAUUUUGCUUGGAGACUUUACCCGAGUUUAGAGAAGUCCCCGCAGUGCCCGACAAUCACGCCAAUGGAAGUGCUCACGGCAAAGCGCCCAGUCCGUUUACAGAUCCAUUUUUCAUGGUGGAGACACUUUGCAUUGUGUGGUUCUCCUUUGAAUUCACCAUGAGGUUUCUCUCCUGUCCCAGUAAAGCAGUUUUUUUUAAAAACAUAAUGAACCUGAUCGAUGUUGUGGCUAUAGCUCCUUAUUUCAUCACCCUGGGCCUUGACCUGGCAGAGCAUCAGGGCAGCAGUCAGCAGGCUGCGUCAUUGGCCAUACUGAGGGUCAUCCGUCUGGUCCGUGUUUUCAGGAUUUUUAAACUUUCCAGACACUCCAAAGGUCUCCAGAUUCUCGGCCAAACGCUUCACGCAAGCCUCAGGGAGCUGGGACUGCUCAUAUUCUUCCUGAUUAUUGGAGUCGUUUUAUUCUCCAGUUCUGUUUAUUUUGCAGAAGCAGAAGACCCCGAAUCUGGAUUUUCAAGCAUACCUGAUGCAUUUUGGUGGGCUGUGGUGACAAUGACCACAGUUGGAUAUGGAGACAUGUGCCCCUCCACCAUUGGGGGGAAAUUCGUUGGAUCUUUGUGCGCCAUCGCCGGAGUGCUAACCAUAGCUUUACCUGUCCCUGUUAUAGUGUCAAAUUUCAAUUAUUUCUACCACAGGGAAAACGAGGAUGAGGAAAAUGUUCAGUACGUACACGUGACAUGCGGGCAGCAGCAGCCAUCCUUAGGUGAAUCUGAUUCAAACAAAAGUAACCUGUCGCUUUCAAAAACAGAUUCCUUUCAGGAAAGCGACGACUUGGAAACUUUGACAUAUCCAAACGUAACCCCAGUGGAGACAUACACAGGGAGACUGUCAGACGUAUAAACGUUGCAAGACAGUUUUAUUUCUGGUGAGUUGUCUUCCAGUGGACUUACAAUUUGGGCUCCAUGCCGGAUGCUGCAGUUGUUUUACGCAAACUGUGGUCCCAAACAUGGAGCCUCAGAUAUUCUUACUCGAAGAUGAGGAUUGUCUUAAAUUCACAGUAGAUGGAUUUGAAGUGGGUGGGCCCUCACAUGAAAGCAUUUGGGAACCCCUGGGGUACGCAGUGAAAUGCCAUCAGCAGUGAUUGAGCUAUACGAUGACAAACUUCUCAAUCAAUAAAGGGCAAUUGAAAUAACCAAAGAAAAAUAAAUGUUAAGGUUUUAUUAUUUUUAAUUCCUCAGUUAAUUGUAUAUAUAUAUAUAUAUUUAAUAACUUCUAAGUGGUGUUUACGCACGAACCAAACUAUGUCUUUAGACUGUUCUAAAAUCACGUAGCCUCUUUUCAAAGUACCUGGACUUUAAAUAAAGUAGAGGAGACCUCUUGACGCACCAGCUGUGCACGGAGAAGCUAACAAAUGAUACAAUGAGAGAUAAAAAUCAUUACCAACUUAAAUUUUCUUUAGAGCUUGUAUUAUGCUUCUAUAUGAAUGUGAUCACGACAAGUGAGCUCUGAGCGCCACGUUGUGGAUGAUAAAUGUCCCUGCAGACAACACUGCUCAGGCUCUGUGUGAGUUUGAGUAUCUUUGCAUUGUUGCAGCUGGCCCGAUUGAUGUAGGCAUAAGCCACAUAGAUCAUGCUCUUUGACUCUGUAUGGAUGCUUGUGAUGGCUA